CUCACUUAACCCAACGCUAAUUUCCACCUUUUUCUGUUGACAACUGAAUUCAAACAACUAUAUUCCUAUUCUAUUUUUUACCUUCCUCGUUCCUUUGCUUAUAUAACAGCAAAGCCCUUUGCGUUUCAUCAUGCACCUUCGCAGUAUUUGAUUCAACUCUUCACCUUCUUCAAUACCCAUUCUGGUUGUCACCAUGAGUAGGCUUCCAACUUGUUCAUUCAACUUCUUGAAAAUCUCAACUCUGCUCCUCCUCCUCUUCCUUGUUCUUCUUCCUUCCUCGGUAUCUGGAGAGUGUACAUGUGAUGCCAAAGAAAAUAACCGUGGCACAGGGGAGACCAUUAAAUAUAAAGUAGCUGGUAUUGCUUCAAUUCUAAUUUCAGGUGCAAUUGGGGUCUGUAUUCCAGUCUUAGGGAAGGCAAUCCCAGCUUUACAUCCUGAGAAUGAUAUUUUCUUUAUCAUCAAGGCCUUUGCAGCAGGUGUGAUCCUAGCAACUGGGUUCAUACAUAUACUACCCAAUGCGUUUGAGAAAUUAACAUCACCAUGCCUCAAAGGGAAGGCAUGGCAGAAUUUUCCCUUCACAGGGUUCAUUGCAAUGAUGUCUGGAAUUGGGACGUUGAUGGUGGACACUUUGGUCACUGGUUACUAUAAGAGAUCAAACUUCAGUAAGGCUCAGCCACUGAAUGGAGAUGUGGAGAGAGCUGGUGAGCCUGUGGAUCAUGUUCAUGUUCAUACACAUGCCACACAUGGUCAUGCACAUGGGUCGAAUUCAACUUCUUCAGAUCUUCUCCGGCAUCGUAUCAUAUCACAGGUUUUGGAGUUGGGGAUCGUGGUACACUCUGUGAUUAUUGGGAUUUCAUUGGGCACUUCUGAAAGCUCUUCUACAAUAAAGCCUCUUAUUGCUGCUUUGUCCUUCCAUCAGUUUUUUGAGGGAAUAGGACUUGGUGGUUGUAUCACUCAGGCGAGAAUCAAGAGUAGUGCGGUGGCAAUUAUGGCAGUCUUUUUCUCUCUCACCACCCCAGUUGGGAUCGCUGUGGGUAUAGGAAUAACAAAUGUGUAUGAUGCAAAUAGCUCAACCUCUCUCAGUGUUGAAGGGGUCUUUGACUCUGCAUCAUCUGGGAUCCUGAUUUAUAUGGCUCUUGUUGAUUUGCUUGCAGCUGAUUUCAUGGACCCCAAGAUGCAAAGCAAUGGAAGGCUUCAGAUAAUUGCUAACAUCUCACUUCUUUUUGGGGCUGCUUGUAUGUCUAUCCUGGCCUAUUGGGCUUGAUUGUUCCUUUCAACCCAAUAUAUAACUAUACUACUUCCAUUAAUUCAUGUUACUAUUUUAAAAUAUAUAGAUUAUUUCUUCUGUAUUAUAUAUAAUACUAGUGGGAACCCAUGUGGCACGGUCUUUAUAACGCAAAAUUGAAGUAGAAAGGGCCUUUAUGACA